AUGCCUGGCAUCCCAGCACCGGUCGUGACGCCCACGAGCGAAUUCAUCAACCCUCAACAAAAAGUCAAGAUUGUAUGCCAAGCGGCAGGUGUCGACAUCUUCUACACGCUGACCGGCGACAAGCCUGAGCCCUUUGAUCCCAGCAACAAACACACACUCAACAAGCGAUGCGUGCAACGCCGUGUGUGCACCCACAUGCACCAUCUGCUCUCUUGCGUUUACUGCGGGAAUACUCACCUGGUCGCUCCACUGCCCCACAUGGCAGAGCCUGUCGUGGAUCUGCCCGAGACCGCGCCGACCGAGGACAAGCAGUCCACAGUGGUGUUAUCUGGCGACGAGUACGGCGACGAACAACUCGAAUCUCAAGUCCCGGAUCCGCGUGGUGGGUUCAAUCCAGUGCGCAAGAGCAGGAAAAAGGCUACUGCUUCAAAUACCCGUAGCACCACGAGACGCGACGAGUGGGCCCCCAAUGCCAGCCAGACUACACCAGCAGAGCCCUCAUGGAUGACCGCGACCCAGCGCCAGAGGCCACCUCGGCCCUUGCAUGAUCAAAGCCUUCUUGACAACCCCGUCCCAAGCUCUGGACACACAAAUCACGGCCCACCUGUCGUGGAACGUAACGACAGCCAGCACCAGCCGCCACACGGGCCCACAGCACCGCCAAGCUCGGCCAUGCAUGCCCCAACAUGGGCGCAGACCUAUGGUCCCGCCCCCGGGCAAUAUUACCAACAAGGCCCACCUCAAGCCGGCAAUGGCGGCUACCCACCUCAGCAGCAGCAACCACAACAGCACCCACCCGUCCCACCGCAAAUGCAAGGCCCAUCCAAUGGCAUUCCUUUCAGCAUGGCGUCGGCUCCUGGCUACGGCAUGACACCGGUGGCUUCACACCCCUAUGCGACCCAGGCUUAUCCAUACCCGCAACAACAGCAACAACUGCAGCCACAGCAGCCGCCACAACAUCCACCAUACCAGCAAUUUCCAACCCCACAAGCAACUGGCAACAUGUCCUUUGGUGCCUACCCCCAAGAAUACAACGCGCCUCAACACCAGCAUGGCCCGCAGAACGGGCAAUCACGCCCAGGCGACAACCUCUCGCUGGACGACACUGCUGCGCUGGUGGCAGCCAAGCGCAUGCAAGAACGGGCCGAUCUUCUGCUAGCUGCCUUCAACGGCAGCGGCGACGCAAUCCACCAGGCGCAACACACGCGCGCGCGCGAGCGCGUACACGAUCAAGUCAAGAGCCUCACAUCCAGUUUCAACGGCGGUCGUUCUGUUACUCAGCGCCUCGAUGCCUCUGGCCGCAUGAUGCGCCCACCAACAGCUGAUGCUAUCCGAAACGCCGACACCACCCGUGCAGAACACGAACUGUUGCGCAGCAGUCUCAUGAACGGGAGCAACGUCCCGCAGAUUGCCCCCGAUGCUGCUCCGACCCGCACUGGGCAGCCAGCUCGACCGGCCACGGCGGCAGCUCUCGCCGGCUCAACUGCAUCCUCUUCCUUUGUCUUCCCUCGCACAGUUCGCGUUGCAAAACAGCGUCACGUGGCCAUCCAGGCCGACAUGCUGCAGUUCGAAAAGCCCAAUGGCAAGAAAAAUGGAGCCCGAAACUCUGUACGGACUGAGGCCACACAGCCACAAGGUCCCGGCAUCUCGGACGUGAGUCCCGGCCAGGGAUACUGGCGCUUACAAGUUGAUCACCUGGCACACUUCAUGAAACAGCACCUGCGAACAUCUCACACUCUGCAAGCUGCCAUCGGCAAGCCGCGGUUCAAGGCCGUGGAACAGUUACGCGUCGAAGAAACACCUCGACACAUUGUGGUGACCACAUGGUUGACCAAAGCAAAUGCACCAGAAGCAGGUAAAGGGGAGGCGGUGCCUGUGAAUGCUGCCAAAACUGCUAUCGAGCGUGUGCGACUUGAACAAGCCCGCUCCAAUACACGAGGCGCAGCUGCAAAUACCAAGCAGCGGCCCCAAUCAAGUGACUUGCUUCGAAAUGGCCGACGUCAGCAGCGCGGCCUACGAAGCAUGGAGGACGAGGAGGAAGAGGAUGAUCGAGAGUCUGCGCAUACUUCCUCGCGAGGUGGCGUCGGAAAAGGCCGGAGCCGCUCACACGCCAAAAACAAUAAACCUGCCGACAGCGAUAGCGAUGAUGGAACGAUUGAUAGCUUCAGCUUCUCGUCUUCCAGUGAGGAGGAAGAUGAGGAAGAGGCCGUCUCGAGCAAGGUUACUCCGCGAAAGCACAAAACUGGUUCCCGCACGCCAGCCAAAAGCCCUGCUGACGGCCUGGCAGCGACACUCAGACAGGAUCCCACCCUGUUGCUCUUUAGGGAAGUGGCACAAUUUGGACAAGGGCGUGCGCAGUUCAUUAAGGAACAAUUGGAAGCUGAUGUGAACGUGAAUCAGGUGGAUCGCUCUUCCAAAUGCACGCCGCUUUAUCUCGCGUGCAAGCACGGCCACCUUGACGCCGUGCGAGAGCUGUUGGAUCAUGGUGCCAAACCAGACAUCCUCUGCGGUCGUGAUGUGAGAUACCGCAAUGUCGUUUCCGUUGCUGAUGCGCCUUGCUAG